UUUGUGACGUCAUGCGCAGUGCGAGUCAACAGAGUUGCGCACAAAUUUGGCGUUAUCUGGUGGCCCUCGUUAAGUGCGGAUCAGGGCAGCAUGAAAUUUUGUGCUUUACAAGUAGAAGACAGCAACAGCGCAAUGCCAUUUCCAAUGCUGCGGGCGCGGCGUGUGAGGAGCUGCCAUUAAACGAGGAGCAGCAAAUAGUGUAUCAACAAGGAAAAAACGGCCACAAUUACCAUGCAGCUGUCAGUUGCAACAGUGUGAGCGCAAUUUCGCAACCGUUAAGAGCAACAGUUGCCGUUUUUGUUGACUGUCGUUGCAGCCCGCUGCUGCCCUUGAGCGUGCAGCAUGGAGCCUGCAACAGCAGCGCGUGGCAAACGACAGGACAGUGGCACAUUAACGCGGCAGGACUUCAAUGGCGGACCCGUUAGCAUAGAUGAAGUCGAAACGGGUUUGUUUCUGGGCAAUUUGACGGCAGCUACGCACAUGGAGACGCUCAAAGCCUUUAAAAUAACACAUAUAUUAACGCUGGACUCAGUGCCUCUGCCGCAGCAUAUUGUGGAGGCGAGUUUCCUAACAACCAAAUACGUACAGAUUUCGGACAUGCCACGCGAAGAUAUCUUACAACAUCUGGAGGCUUGCGUGCAGUUCAUAGCUGGGGCCUUGGAGCAGCAAAACAAUGUCCUCGUCCAUUGCUACUUUGGAGUCAGUCGUAGCUCGUCGGCAGUGAUUGCCUACAUGAUGAAACGUCAUGGCCUGGACUAUCAGCCAGCAUAUGAGCUGGUGCUGGCCAAGCGCCGCUUUGUUCAGCCCAAUGCGGGAUUUGUGGCACAGCUGAAGCUCUUCCGCCGUAUGGGCUAUAAAAUCGAUCCCAACUAUCAGCGCUAUAAGAUGCAUCGCUUGCGUCUUGCUGGCGAGCAAAUGCGCAAGGCUAAAAUCUUGCCACAGAGCUUCCAUAGUGUGGUGCGUCCCGAUCCGGAUAUCACACGUGAGAAUCCCGAACCAAUUGUUUUUCGCUGUCGCCGCUGUCGACGUGUGCUCGCCUCCAAGUCUCAUGUGCUGGAGCAUCGACCUCGUGGCAUGCCACAUCAACAGGAACAGGACCAGGUACAGGAGCAAGAACAACAGCAAACGCUUACCGAAACCACUGGAUCAGGCUCGGAGCCGCGACUGCUCGACCAGCUGGCGGAGCGCAUACGCAAAGCGUCGCUAGGUUCGCCCAGUCACGAGAAUCUCGUCACCGCCGCCGCUGCUGCCGCCGCUGUCUCUGGCUCCAGCAACAAUUGUCGCAGUUUACUAUUUGUAGAGCCCAUCGCCUGGAUGCAUCGCAUCAUGUUGAACACCCAGGGCAGACUCUACUGUCCCAAAUGCGAGCAGAAAAUUGGCAACUUUAGCUGGGUGAAUGCCUGCCAAUGUCCUUGCGGCGAGACGAUGACGCCAGCAUUUUAUUUAAUACCUUCCAAGGUGGAGCUCUCCAAGGCCGUGCAGAAUGUGCAGACAACGGUCUAAAAUUUGUCUAUAUAUAUAUAUAUAAAUACGUAUAACUAUAUACUGAAUGUAUGCGGCAUCUGUUGGAUUCCAUGUUAUAGUUAACUAAUGAAAUUCUCGAAUGCUGAUUUAAUUAUAAUUAAGGCAAAUGUAAAUACAUAU